AAUGAGCAAAUGGUUUAGUCACAGUUCAAUCACGGGCGGAAGAACACCAUGGCGUCGAACGAAAGAGGCUUGAAGAAGUUGGCCAUUUUGUUGUCUUUGCUUUAUUUCCAGGCACUGACUUUUGCCGUUUCAAACUAUUCAUUAACAGGAGAGGGUGGAAACAAAACCGCUUUCCCGCCCAAGACCAGACAACCAAGACUUUUCUCGCUCUUCAAUGUUGUCACGUUUGCCAACGAACCUUGCAGAAGUACUCAAGCAUCAUCGGCAAAUGGUUUUCGAAAUGGAACCUGCUUCACAAGUACUGAGUGCGACAGCAAUGGAGGAACUGCUGCAGGGAAUUGUGCAUCUGGUUUUGGAAUAUGUUGCGUGUUCAUCAAAACAAACGGUAACAGUGCUAUCAACCAGAAUUGCUCGUAUGUGUCGAACCCAGGCUUUCCCAACUCCUACACAGACAACACGGCUGUCACUUACACCGUGAACAAGCUCAGUAGUGCUGUCUGUUUGAUUCGUUUGGAUUUUGAUACCUUUACAAUUUCGGGACCAAGUGAUACCGCGGAAACGUUGGGUGGCGUCUGCCCGGAUACACUUGAUGUGACAUCCACGAGUGGCUCCGCCUUUCCAAUUCCUCAAAUUUGUGGAUCCAAUUCUGGACAACACAUUUAUGUGGAUGUUAGCGGAACCGGGGGAACAGGUGGAGCUACCCUUGGAUUCACUUUCGACAAUACCAUAACUAACCCCACCAGACAAUGGGAUAUCAAAGUUACCCAAAUUCCUUGUGCCUCGGAUAACGCACCUCCAAAUGGCUGUCUCCAAUACCAUACUGACACCACUGGACGAUUUACCACCUUUAAUUUUGCUAACAACAAUGGAAUGCAUCUGGCGAACCAACGGUACUCGAUAUGUGUUCGACGAACAUCAGGAUUCUGUUGUACCCAAUACACACCUUGCGUGGACGUUGGUCCCCCAGCCUUUUCCUUAAGUCUUGGCGAUGGUGCGUUGACAGGUGCUCUGGUUGAAACGAGUUGCACUUUCGAUUACGUCCUCAUAGAUGGUUCCAGCUCGUCAUGUCUUCCUGGAGGUAAUACGGGACAGACCAAUAAUAAAUAUUGUGGUAUCAACCUCAAUCAAUCUCCCUUGGCGGUUAACGUUCCUAUUUGCGACUGCUCGGCUCCGUUUAGGGUGGAGGUAGUCACCGAUGCUCUGCCCGAUAUCGCUGGAGGAAAUACAAACACUGUUGCUCUUUCGCGUGGAAUUUGCUUUCAAUACAUGCAAAUACGAUGUCCGUGAUGUGCCACUUCAUCAUUACCUUAUUCAAAAUCGUGGAAGAACUAGAUUGUUUUUGUAAAUAAAGAAUCAUUCAAGAGUA